ACACAUCCACACAGAGCUUCAGAGCGACACAAACCUUCACAGCGAGUUUCCAGCGAUUUAAUCUUCUCCUUCGUAGUAAAAUGAACUCAAACUCCACAAUGACCUCACUGUAUGUGGGUGAUCCGCACCCUGAUGUCACCGAGAUGAUGUUGGUGGAGAUGGUGAGCCGUGCAGGACCUGUUCACUCUGUCCACAUGUGCAGGGACAAGAAGACCUUCUCCUCACGCGGCUACACUUUCGUCAACUUUCUGCAUCGAGCUGAUGCUGAGCGAGCGCUGGAAAGCGUCCCAGCUGUUGAGACAGCUGCAGUUGGGGACAGCAGUCCAGUUGUGGUUCCAGUUUCAGCUGCAAAAGAACUUCCAGCCACAACUGAUGCAGUGCCUCCUACAGCUGUGUCAGCUGUGAGUGAAGUUCAGCCAGACAAGGACGCAACAGAUCGACCCACAUCACCAUCUGCUGGGAAAAGGCUGACCAUCUACAUGUUGGAAUCAUGUCCUGUAGAUGAACAAGUCCAGAUGGCGCAUGAUCACUUGUUGCCUCUCGUUGAGAAAAUCCACCCGAACUUGGCAAAUAAGAUCACCUGGAUGCUUGCAGGGAACCAGAACAAUUAUGAAAUCAUGAAUAUGAUCAGCGAUCCUGAGCUCCUGUAUGCCAAAGUGGAUGAAAUGGACGCGAUCCUGAAGGCGAGGGAAGCUGGUCUCAAGCCGGAAGCCAUCAAGAUGCUGUUCGGUGACGAGAACAAGAAAAGAAGGAAGAAGAAGAAGAAGAAGAAGGAGUAUAGAUUUUAAAAAACACUGCACCCGUAAUGGAAAUUCCUAAUAAACACUUCAGAACGCUUAGGAGUCGUCUUUUCAGUUAUUUAUUACAGUAGAUCAUAUAAAAGAUAUAUAAAAUAGGAAAGGAAAGAGAAGAAUAGAAG